GUUGAAGCGCAACAGCCCGGAGAGCGCAGCAGCGACUGCAGCGCUGCAACUUUGAUGACAGGGGGGUUUUUUUGGGAGCCGUCGAUGAGCGCGUUGGAAGCGCCUUGCUGGUGAAGACAAGGGGAUCGAGUCUCGACCUGCGGUUCCCCCGCUGCCAGUGGGAGCAAAAUGAAAAUCCUGUUGUGUGUGAUCGCAGUCGGCUUGGCGCUGAGAUCUGCGCAAGGACAAGACAAGAAGUCUGACGAGCCGUGCAACGGCCGGGACUGCAGCAAAGGAUGCCCGUGCGACCCGGAGAAAGGCAGCAGGGGUCGUCCGGGGCUUCUGGGAGAGGCCGGUCCGCUCGGAGCCGAAGGCCCCCGUGGGGCUCCGGGACAUGCGGGCCCCAAAGGAGAGGGGGGCCACCCGGGAGUGAAGGGCCCGUCCGGCCCCAAAGGAGACAAAGGACCGAUGGGAGUGCCAGGAUUUCCAGGAGCUGAGGGAGUAGAUGGUCACCCCGGUCAGCCCGGCUCCAGAGGACCAGUGGGAGUGGACGGCUGUAACGGGACCAGAGGGGAACCCGGAGACUCCGGCUACGGCAUCGGCCCGCCCGGAUCCCCUGGAUUUGCCGGGCCGAGCGGGCCGAAGGGUCAGAAAGGAGAACCUCGCUACGUCUCUGACGGCAACAGCAUCGGGACUUAUCCGGGAUUACCAGGAGUGAACGGAGCACCUGGCAUCAGAGGUCCUGAUGGUCCGCCUGGUGGUAUUGGUCCCAGAGGGCCUGACGGAUACCCCGGUCAACCCGGUGCUCCUGGACUCCCGGGGCCAAUGGGAAGCCGCAGUGACGGAUAUCAGGGAGAACGAGGAGACAAGGGCGACGUGGGUCUUCCCGGACCCAGUGGUACUCCCGGCGACGGGUCGCUAAGUGGCGAACAAACUCUCACUAUCUACAAAGGAGUUAAGGGCGAACCUGGUUUCAAAGGAGUCCGAGGAUAUCCUGGAAAUCCUGGUCCACCUGGACCGUUUGGUUUUCGAGGGGAGUAUGGAGAAAAGGGCAUUCCUGGAUAUCCUGGAGCGAGGGGUCCACCAGGCUUUAACGGACCCCCGGGUGCACCGGGACAGCAGGGAUUCAGAGGAAGCCCGGGUUUCCCCGGCCAGCCCGGAUACAUCGGAGCCAAGGGGGAUCAGGGAGAACCUGGACUUCCAGGACCUCCAGCUUACAUUAGUGAUGGGGGCACAGCAGUUCAAGGGCUACAAGGCGACCCCGGGUCGAGCGGCUACCCUGGUCCCCGUGGUGACCAGGGACCUCCAGGGUUUCCGGGACCUCCAGGACCGCCUGGAAUAGGGGGUAUUGGUACAGGACGACCCGGACUCCCCGGUUUCCCCGGGACCCCGGGCCCCAAAGGAGAGAUCGGCAAUCAAGGCAUACCGGGCUACGGCACCGAAGGACUCCCGGGUUCCCCUGGACUUCCUGGACCUCCUGGCGCCGUCGGACCUCCCGGUCCCACUAGCCAACAAGGACCCUGCGUCAUCUAUCCUGAGUUCACUGUCAGGCCCAAAGGAGCACCAACGAGCUACCCCGGACCUCCUGGCACUCCCGGCCCGCGAGGACCACCGGGUGACAGAGGCUUCAAAGGAUUUAGAGGUGACCUUGGGGACUGCGCCUGUCUCGGAGGAGGCUCCUCCGGGUUGCCCGGCUUACCGGGAGCCCCCGGAACGAGCGGUGGCCCCGGCUUUCCAGGGCGAAAGGGCGAGCCCGGCGACGGCGGCUCGCCUGGUCUGAAUGGAAUUCCGGGCCCUUCUGGUCGUGUUGGUGAGAGAGGCUUCCCUGGUCGCAAGGGAGAGAAAGGCACUUCGUUCUAUCCCAACCUUGGUUUGGGGGUGAAAGGAGAGAUCGGAGGUCCUGGACCCAGAGGACCUACGGGUGAAACGGGAAAACCCGGCAGAGACGGACUUCCCGGCUUCCCCGGAGCCCCCGGACCCCCAGGCGACGCUGGCUUCGGCACCGUCGGAGAGAAGGGAUUCCCGGGUUACCCGGGGGCAAAGGGGCGUCCCGGAGGUCCCGGCGACCCCGGGCCCGGUUUCAGUGGAACGCCCGGCUUUCGCGGCGAGCCUGGAGACCCCGGAAUACCCGGACUGCCGGGGCAGCCUGGCUUACCCGGACAGAGAGGCCAAGUGCUGCCCUGCACCAUUCCUGGUGAGAACGGACUGCCCGGCGUGCCCGGUGUACCUGGAAGACCAGGCCCUAAAGGUCAGCCCGGCCUCCCCGGAGGACCCGGAAACCCGGGCUUCAACGGAGCGAAAGGAGAGAGAGGCGACCCCGGCUUCGGGGGCCAGCCCGGACCUCAAGGUUUCCCCGGACCCAGAGGAGACCCCGGCCUCCCCGGUGGCCCCGCAGGAGGUUACGACGGCGCCAAAGGGAAGGACGGUAUUCCGGGGCGUCCCGGAGCCAAGGGCCAGCCCGGAGACGUGCUGGGAGCCACGCCGGGGCCCCCGGGGUCCAACGGCUUUCCCGGAGGCCCGGGAGACAAGGGCCAGCCGGGGACUCCCGGAGGACCCGGAUCACCUGGUCUGGACGGGCGUCCGGGGUUCCCCGGGCUGAAGGGAGAGCGCGGCGUUGACGGUUUUCCCGGUAUUCCCGGCCUUCCCGGACCUCCAGGCGUGCUGACCGGCGGCAUUCCCGGUCGGCCGGGACUCCCCGGCCCCAAAGGGCUGAGCGGACCGCCAGGUUUCCCCGGUCGUAAAGGAGACAGGGGAGACCCGGGAUUCCCAGGUCCUGCUGGGAUGAAAGGAACCCCCGGACUGCCUGGCACUCCGGGAACACCGGGGCCCAGAGGACCCCCUGGACUUGCAGGACCAGGAACUAGAGAGGGGAUUCCAGGAAUACCAGGAGUCAAAGGUGAAAGAGGUUUCCCGGGACUGAUGGGCUUCCCUGGACUUCCUGGCCGGCCUGGUUCUCCAGGAUUUCCUGGAGGAAAGGGACUGCCUGGGGGACCGGCAAGAGAUGGAUUUCCUGGAGCGCCUGGGUUCCCCGGACAGAAAGGUGAAAGAGGUUUCCCUGGACCUCCGGGAUUGCCUGCUAUUCCUGGUCCAGCUGAGCGUGUGGACAAAGGAGAACCUGGAACCCCCGGGGCAAGUGGUCUACCCGGCUUCCCCGGGCCCAGAGGCGACAAAGGUCUGCCGGGUCUGCCUGGUCGUCAGGGUCUGCCUGGCCUUCCUGGUUUUGCUGAGCAGAGUAAAGGACAGCCCGGAGUUCCCGGGUUUCCCGGGCAGCCCGGACUUCCAGGUUUCCCCGGACCGAAGGGAGAAGCUGGAAUCAUGGGAUUUCCUGGCUCAUCUGGAGAAAGGGGUGAUGAGGGCCUGCCUGGUUUCCCUGGAAACCCUGGAGAGGCUGGUCGGCCUGGUGGUCCAGGUAUACCCGGAGAUAGCUUCGGUUAUCCGGGAGGACCAGGAGCCAAAGGCCUGCCAGGAGUCUCAGGCAUCCCAGGUGGUCGUGGAAAUGACGGUGCCCCCGGUGACAGCGGCUUUUCAGGAAGUCCAGGUUUCCCCGGUCCCAAGGGGGGUCCUGGUGAAGCAGGGCGUCCUGGAAUCAACGGAGCCCCUGGUUUCCCCGGGCCCAAGGGCCAGGCUGGAUUCCCUGGUAGAAGUGGACCAGAUGGGACCCCUGGUUUCCCUGGUGGUCCUGGGGGUCCUGGACCCAAAGGCUUGCCUGGACCUCCGGGUUUAGAUGGACUGAACGGUCUCGGCGGACCUAAAGGCCUCCCUGGAACUCCAGGCGGAAGCGCUGGAGGUCGUCCCGGUGCUCCUGGUAUUCCCGGUGCAAAAGGAGAGAGGGGCGUCUCCUACCCUGGAGUACCGGGCUUCCCAGGAGCAAAGGGGGAGAGAGGAGAACCAGGUGCUUCUGGACUCCAAGGGUUCCCCGGUCGGCCCGGACCUCCUGGUGACGUAAUUGGAUCAUUCCUUUCUGGACCUAUGGGAGACCCUGGUCUUCCUGGACUUGACGGCGAAUACGGUUUCCAGGGUCCUCCAGGUCCUCCUGGCCCCCCUGGUCCAGGCACAUUCCAAGGAGACAGAGGAGACCCUGGGCUUCCGGGUUUCCCAGGCUCUCCCGGCAGGAAAGGAGAACCAGGAUUCUCCGGAGGUCCAGGACUGCCAGGCAGCCCCGGUUUCAAAGGACUGCGAGGUGAGACUGGUUUUAGCGGGGGUCCUGGACUGAAAGGAUUCCCUGGAGAUCCUGGCUUCUUCGGAGGAAAAGGACCAAAGGGGUUGCAAGGGCCCCCGGGCCGUAAGGGGAUCCCCGGACUCACCUUACCCGUGCCGCCAAGAGAUUUCGUGCGGCCCUUCGGAGACCUGGGUUACCCCGGUGAAACCGGACUCUCUGGUAGUCCAGGAGAGCCCGGCAUUCCUGGUGGUUCUGGACGCCCGGGUCCGAAGGGACGUCCUGGGGCUGUUGGCAAACUCGGCAGGACGGGGUCCGGCGGUACUCCCGGAUCUCUUGGUGAUCCUGGACCUCCUGGUUUCCCAGGGCCUGCUGGAGAACAAGGUCUCCCCGGUACCGUCGGCCGCCCCGGCAUUCCCGGCGGCGUGGGCCGCAGCUCCAGCAUCGGCUACACUCUGGUGAAGCACAGCCAGAACUCGCAGGUCCCCAUGUGUCCUCAGGGCAUGGCCCAGCUGUGGGAGGGCUACAGCCUGCUGUACGUGGAGGGACAGGAGAAAGCUCACAACCAGGACCUCGGUCAGCCAGGCUCAUGCCUCCCCAGGUUCAACACCAUCCCCUUCCUCUACUGCUCCCCCAACGAGAUCUGCUACUACGCCAGCCGCAACGACAAAUCCUACUGGCUCUCCACCACCGCCCCCAUUCCCAUGAUGCCUGUGGCCGAGGAGCAGAUCCGACCGUACAUCAGCAGGUGUUCGGUGUGUGAGGCCCCGUCUCAGGCUGUGGCCGUCCACAGUCAGGACCUGACCAUCCCCACCUGCCCCCCCGGCUGGAGGAGUCUCUGGAUAGGAUACUCCUUCCUCAUGCACACGGCGGCCGGCGCGGAGGGCGGCGGUCAGUCCCUGGUCUCUCCCGGCUCCUGCUUGGAGGACUUCCGUGCGACUCCAUUCAUCGAGUGCAACGGGGCCAAGGGCACGUGCCACUACUUCGCCAAUAAGUACAGCUUCUGGCUGACCACCGUGGACCCCGCCCGGGAGUUCGUCUUCCCGCCGGUGCAGGAGACCCUGAAGGGAGGCCAGGAGCGCUCCAGAGUCAGCCGCUGCCAAGUCUGCAGCAAGAUCUUGUAGUAGGUGGAGGUAAAGGGAGAAAGCGAAGGGCGACAUCAGGAGGCGAAUCUCCAUCUCACACUUUUGGGAAUAAAGUGAGAGAGGCAAUGAUGAUGGAAAGAACAAAAAAAAAGAACACGUGACUGAGAAUAAGCUCCUCUCCUGCUUCGCUGAUGGUUUCACAGUUAAGUCGACCGUCAUCGUCAUCGUUUUUUUUUUUUUUUUUAAAUGUCCCAUUUUACAAAUGAAUGGCUUAAUAAAGGAAACUGAAGCUGCAGGGGGGAGUGGAGAGAGAAGGGCUCCAGUGUGAUUGCUCUUCUUUAGGUUAUCACUGACAAUGGUGCUAUUGUUUAUGUUUGUGUGUUUUGUGUCUGUUUCUCUCGUCACGUUUUUCGGAGAGUCACUCUCGGCUACCUCGGAGGGUGCCGGCUCCGUCGGCGAAUCACGGCGCCGCUAAAGCCACGAGGGCUUUGAACAUGUGUUUCGGGCGAAUCAGUUCAGGAGUUGCAAGAAUUCUAAGGUCUCACAGCAGCGGUGGUUUGUGUUCUAAUCUGAACUGGUUUAACUGAAGAAAACAUUUAACAACACAGAUUCUGCUUUUAAUUCUCAUUUUCAGUGAAAUGGCCGCCGAUUUCUGUAACAGCUAAUGUUAAAAGCUGUCACCAUUGGCUGCCCCGUUUUUAACCACACUUGUGAUUUUUGCAUGGAGAAUCACAGUAACAAAAUGCAUUUUCAUGCAUUUACCUCAAGGAAACGGGAACAUCUAUGAUCCUCAUGUACUAAAUCUUUUAACAUAAAAUACACCCUUGUGACUUUAUGUACACUGGUUGGAAACGAUCGGGUUUACUUCAGCCACAGUUAGCUUACAUUUUCAUCUGUUAGGCUUGAAACAGACUUAGAAAGGACUCGCUACACCACUUAGUGGUAGAAAGUGGUAUUACAAGAACGAAGCAGCUGGGGCUACUAAGUUAACCUCGAAACAUCAUGGUUACACUUUCUUUGCAUGACUGUUGGUUAUGUUUAUCGUCAAACAAAGUCAAGAAUAAUGUAAUGCACCGUUUACACGAUUUACUAACUUGAGAUCAGCAGAUUUGUAGACAAUAGAGCAUUUAGAAAAGACAACAUUUUCAUGUGUUAGAUUUUUCCAUCAACACCGAAUUCUAAUGCAAACACACGUAUCUAACAAAAAAAAAAAGACAAAAAGUUUGCUUUUCUGCAUUUUUCACAAUUUAUAUUAUUCAAGGAAUUAAGCAUGCUUGUGAAAAAGCAUGAAGUGUGUCUCUCGCUAGCAUGCAAACAUCCAAGUGUGGUGUUCUUAUGUUUUCUCUGUCCUCUCCACAUUUCACAAUGUGACUCUUUGGUGCUACAAAUUAAACACAGCUCACUUGAAAGGCAACAGAUAUACUAAUUCUUCACAAACUGCAUGAAGUUAUAGCUAAAAACAGCACUUCUUUUUCUUGGAAAAAAAUAUCUGACAGAAUCUCUGUAACAGCUGUACAUGAGUUAAUGGCUGAUAUUGCACUGAUGUGAACUCAUAUGGGUUAGAACAAAAAACAUCUCUAAUAAAGGGGCCGAUUUCUCCAACAUGCUCACAGAGUUUCAUGAAUUGUGACCAAACUUUACCAAACUGUAUUACUUUUUUUUUUUUUUUUUUUGUAAAUCGCCCUUGUAAACCCUUCAUUCACACCAAAUUUGCAUCGGAAAAUGAAACACACACUCACUCUCUGAUUGUUAAUUGUUGCUGUACAUAGUGCUUCCUAUAUUUUUCAGUAAAAUACAUUACAGCGAAAGUCUAUAAUGCUGUUAGCUCCUGCUGUUAUUUUGAGAUUUCUGUUCUUCUGAGUUUUUUUCACUGUCCUUGGAUGAGAAUAGUGGGAAAAUGUACAUUAUUUCAGCCAUAUAUGUGUUGAUGAAUUCUGAUUUGCAAAAUUGUGCAAAGAUAAGAUCAGAAUUGGUCAUUUUUUUACAUCAAGUUUGGUUUGGUACUGAGUAAAAAUGGUCUUAAAUUCAUCCUUGGACAGUGAAAGCUACUGCAUGACUUGUAACCACUAUGACUGAUGUCUAGCACGUCUCUCUGCUGCCCUUUAUUACUAUGUCACAUUUAACUUCUUCUGUUUGUUGCAUUGUCUAUAUUUGUUGUUUUGUAAUCUAGAUUGUUAAUAUUUUACUGAAAUCACGAUACUACCCCUUGGUUUUAUUUACUGAGUUCGGAGGGAAUGGGAAGAUAAUGAUGUGUACAAUAAAUUUUAUUGAAAAAAAAAACAAAGCCUUUAGGAUGUUUUUAUAUGGAAAAUAUACUCAACGCUGAUGAUUUAACAGACGUAACGGUAUCUUUCCAUCGUUUUUAUGCUUU